AUGAUUCAAGAAAGGUUCCAACACUCAGGAGAAACUGUGAGUAGACGUUUUCAUGAUGUGUUAGUUGCUUGCUUGAGUUUGUCCAUAGAAUAUAUAAAGCCUCAAGAUCCUUUGUUCCGUGAUAGUCAUGCAAAAAUUCAAAGUGAUCCACGGUAUUGGCCAUUUUUUAAGAAUGUCAUAGGAGCAAUCGAUGCUGGAUGGGAAGGUACUGCCCAUGAUGCUCGUGUUUUUGACCAUGCUCCCACAAAUGCAAAUCUAAAUUUUCCACAUCCUCCUCCAGGUAUGUAUUAUUUGGUGGAUGUCAGUUAUCCAACACCGAUGGGGUAUCUUGAACGUUAUCACCUCCCUGAUUUUCGGCGUUCUCAUGGGUUUGAAAAUAACAACGAGGUAUUCAAUUAUUAUCACUCAAGUUUAAGGUGCACAAUAGAAAGAACUUUUGGUGUAUGGAAGAAUAGAUUUGCAAUUCUACGACGCAUGACUAAAUUCACAAUUAAGACACAAGUUGAAGUCGUUGUUGCAACAAUGGCUAUACAUAACUUUAUUAGAAGGAAUGCUGAUAUGGACGUCGAUUUCAAUCGGUAUGAGGAUGAAGACAUAACCCUUGAUCAUGAUGAUUAUCGUAGACCAGUUAAUUUUGAUUUAUCUCAAAAGUUAAAUAUAGCUUCCUCAUCUGAGAUGAAUCAUGUUCGAAACUCGGUUCGAGGUCAAAUUAUAAAGUUCAAGAAAAAUCAUUAG